ACAUACUAUUCAUUUUGCUCGAUUUCGCCGGGCGCCGAGAUGACCUUGCCCAUAGAGGCCAGUCCUCUAGCUACAACUGGAGGCGCUAAGUUCGAAAAACCACUGACGAAAUGAAAAAGAGUACCUACUAUCUUCCCAACGUAACUAGAUUUCUUAUCGUCUGCGCAGAACGAGCAGAAAAUCUCUAUUAAUCUAUCUCGCAUAGCCUCGCUCUGAGAAAACGUAUCGUAAAAUAAUCGGGUCCUAUUCUAACUUGUUUUUGCGCGUGUUCUACGGCAAAUGAUAUUCGUGUAGCCAGCUGCUGGACGCCAAGAAUUUUUAUUUUCUUCUGGUUCUACCUGGUUCCCAAAACUCCGUGAAUUGCAGGAUUUAUAAAUAUUUGGAAAAUAUUUAAAAUGAAGUGCCGGAAUCCAAGAAAGUGUCUAAUUAACACAACUAAUAUAUCGAAAUACUGUACUUGAAUUCAUACAGGUGUAAUGUCUCAACCACAAGUGCCCGGUAAUCCAGAUCUCGUUUCCAAAGUUUCUUUUUUUCCUGUUGAAGAUCGAACAGGUGAAAAUAAAGCCCUUAUUGUGACCAUAAGGAAAGUUGUGCCUGAAGAAGGUAGCGAAUUUUACGGAAGAAUGGAGCCGCCGAGAAGAAGUCUUUCCGUAGAUUCCAGAAAGAAAACAAGAUCUAGAACCACUUCCGAUAAAUCUAAAUCCCGAGGGACGAUGACCGAAAAUCCAACUAGUGCUUCAUUUUCCACUCAAACUGCUGCAGAAUCCUCCUCAUCUAAGGCUUCUGGUACAGAUCAUGUCAUGCAUAGUUCUGCUCCAUGUUUGAAGCAUGCAGCCGAAAACAUAUCCCGGAAAGCAUCACAUAUACCAACCGAGAAAGUGUCACUUUGUAGCAAUUGCUCAAAAUCUAUGCUGUCUUAUAUAUUCCUUGUACAGGAUUUCCUAGAUAGUUUGGCAAAAGAAAUUAUUGGAGAUGACGAUUCUAAAAACUGUGUGCAAUGUCUCAGGCAAGAAAAUAGACUUUCUGUAACCUCUUCCUCUCAAGAAAAUGUUCUUAAGCCAGAAAGAAAAACAUCAAAGAGCCGUGAAAAAUCUACCGAUUCCCAAAAAUUGGAAAAGCCAAGUCAGAUACGUGAUUCUGAAAAAAUUAGUAUCAGGAUAGAAGGUCCUCAGGAUGUCAGAAAAUAUGAACAGACAGCCGAGAAACUAAUUCAGCAAUCAAUUUCCGAACAUCUGGAAGAUCGCCAAAGAGAUACUCGUGGUUCACCAUUCCAGCAAAACGCAGAUUCAAAAAAUUCCGAACAGCAGAAGACUUCUUAUCUAUCUUCUAAAGAGGGUGAAAGGCAAAGUCAGCAGCGGGAUGAAACCCAAAAUCAAUUAGCUUCAAAUAAAUAUGAGGAUCAUGACGAUCAGCAAGAUAGAUAUCAAACUCAUCCAGCAUCGAAUCGCCAAGAAGUAACUGAGCAUCAGCAAACUUCUAAAGAUCGUCAAUAUCGUGACAUCUCUGAAGAACAGAUACCUCCUGUUCAUCAACAUGAGCAGAUGUCUUCUUAUCGGGUUGGUUCUCAAGAUCCAUCUUGGCCUUCUGAACCGGGCAGGACUUUCAGGAAACCGAUGGAUCGACAACAACCAAAUUUUGCUGAAACUCAUUUUUAUAGAGAACAAAGAGAUCAGGAUGGCUCUGAUCAAAACGGAUUCUCCAAUGUAGACACUGUGUCAUCACCUUCCAUUGAGAAUACGGAUACUAUUAUGCCAAUUUUAUCAAAUGUGGAUCGUGAGGUGUACGACGCUGCAAGAAAUGGUGCAGGGUGGGAAAGCCUCAGCGAGUCCCAAGAACGAAUUACUGUAUCUUCUACUAGUCGAAUAACAUCGGAGGCCUUCGUUACAAUGUGCAGGAACAAUGCUGAAGCCCUUGGGUGUCUUGUAGUGGGAACUUCUUUGCUUUUAUGUCGUACUUCAAGGACUUUGUGCGUAGUAAUGUCAGAUGGAGUAAGCAAUGCUUUCAGAGGGCCUCUGUCGUCUGUAUUCCACGUGGUGCAAUGUGUGCGAUCCAUGGACUCACUCGGAACGACAAAACUUGCUCUCCUGGAGCAACCUGAUCUGGGCAUAUCGUUUGAAAAACUCAACGUAUGGAGACUCUUACAGUUCAAUAAAUGUGUUUAUCUUAACCCAGACACGCUGGUUAUCAAAAACUGUGACGAACUGUUCUGUCAUGAAGAGCUGUCAGCUGUACCCGACAUUGGCUGGCCGGAUUGUUUCAAUAGCGGCGUUUUUGUCUUUGUUCCUUCCAUACAAACCUUCUGGCAGCUUUUGGAAUUCGCAGAAAAACAAGGAAGCUACGACGGUGGAGAUCAAGGAUUGUUGAAUUCGUAUUUCAGUAACUGGUCUGAAGAUAUUAGCAAGAAACUUUCUUUCAUCUACAACUUAAUGGCCAAUGUCAGCUACACUUACACUCCAGCCUACAAGCAGUUUGGUCGUAACGUGAAAAUCGUGCAGUUCCAUGGUUCCUUCAAACCUUGGCAUGUGAAGUUCUUCAGUCGCUCGGGUCAGAUCAAUCCCGCCACGCCAGUCCAUCCUACGUACGUGCAGUUCGUCUACAUUUGGAUCAAAAUAUUCCGACUCAGCGCCCUCAAGCAACUCAACCAGGAAAUUCAGUCCUACGCUCUGUCACAGGAGGUAUAUUGCGCAGUGGAGUUGCUUCGAUUUUUUCCCCUUCCCACGGAAUCUGAAACUGAAUUCUUCCUCACGCCGCCUUCAGUUCGUCUUCGACUAGCCGAAAGGAAGCUCCAGAAACCUUCUAAGGUUUCCGAAGAUAUCCGACGGCGAAAGUCCGCAGAAUACACACCAUUACCUGACUCGGCUUUUGAAUCACCAGAAGCUGCAACUGAAAUUACUAGCACUGCAGAUGAAUCCAUUGUUAAGCCAUCUGCUGAAACCAAAGUCAGCAGUACUGCAGAAACAAAGGCACCGGAAGCAGCUGAAAGUAAACCGACUUCAAGUGGAACUGCUGAAAAGGAAACUGAUGCAGUUGAAGCUGAAGAUGCCAAGAAAAUUCCUGAAAAGAAUCUGCUUCCGGGGGCAGAAGUGGGCAAUUAUCAAGGUAUGAAGGCCUGGGAGCAAGGCAGGAUGGAUUAUCAAGGCACAGACAGUUCUGAUACCAUUAUAAAACGUUUGGAAUUUUUAAUGUCGCAUCCAAAAUAAUGAAGUCUAUGUGCUUGUAUUUUGCCAUUUAAUGCGUGAAUAUUACCGUGUUUGCGUUGGUGGAUGUUUGAGGUUGUGAUGCUGCAUUUGUGUUCGCCGAUAAUCUAUUUUAAAUAUUUGAACAUAAUUAAAGUCAUCUAUCUGCAAGCAAGAUGUUAUGAAGUUGUUAAAUGAUCAAUCGCUUUAAUGCCUAAGUACAAUUAUUACGAAUCAGUAUCAUAGCCAUGGUACAAUGUUAGUGAUUUACUAUUAAUCUUCAAGAAAGAAAUUUCGGCUUCCUCUUUGCAGCGGGAUAUGUUUUUCUCUUAUUUCUAAUGACUAAUAUUUUGAUUCAAUCGCAUUGGUUUGAUUAAUUAUAAAUAAGGGUAUAUCAAGCUUACCGAGAGAAAGAAAAAAAGUUUUUUAAUAUUUAAAUAUUAUUCAGUAUGAAGAUUAAAUGUAAUGGCUGGCUUUUAGCUACUUCAAUUUCAUACACCGUUAACUACCAAACAUACUGUCCAAGAUCCACUAGUAGAAAAUCUACUGUUUGUUUCUACCAAAACUAGGAACACUUUGGAAAUAUUGUUUUAAAGAAACAGUUGGAAAUAUAUAUUUUAUGUAUAAUAACUGCAAAGUAUGAAAAUAUUUUUAUAUUUCAUGAAUCAUGUCUCAAUGAUUCGUUAAACAUCUCUUCAUUGUAGAAUAUUAACAAUUUUGACUUUAAAAUGUUUUGAUACUUUAAUAUUCUUUGUAAUGGACUAAUUUUUAUAUAUACAUUUAUACUAAAUGAUUUUCUUAUGCUAUUUGAUACAUUGCUUUUAUGAAACUUUCUAUAGUGUUUUAAUUCAGCUCUUAGAAUAAAAUAUUUUGCUAUUUA